UCAGGUCAGGAUAAGUAGAACACUUUUUGAGUGUUUGAGAAAGAACCAAAUAAAGACUUCACGAGGUUAUAAUGUUGUAAAUGUGGAUCUGAAUGUCCUAAAUAAAAGCGACAUGUAUCCGAAUGUCUUAGCUCAACCGGUUUAUCCUACGUUAUUACGGUGUCCGAUCGCCGCAGUGUCCCUUCCAGCAUCCGUACAGCAGCCGUCUUCGUUUUCUCCGUCUGGGACCCCUCCUUCGAACAAUUCCUUUUUGGUUGAAAACCUUUUGCGGGACCGAGCCGUAGUUGCUGCAGCGGCUGCUGCAGGUCACCACGGACCAUUCCUUGCUCGUCCCGUACCGCUCUCUCCGUGCACGGGAGGGAGUGCGGACAUCUCGUGCUCAGCGUGUACGGGUUAUACCACGUGUUCGACCAUCGGCACUGACUCCUUAACGUCUAUGAAACAGUUUGAGAGUCUUUCUUCAGAAAACAAGAGGAAUGACUCCCAGCAGCUGAAGUUUGGUGUCAACGCCAUCUUGUCUCCUACUACGGAUAAAACUGUUGCCAGCCGGUCCAUUCUAUCAUCAGGUUCCUACACGACAUCCCUCUCGGGUUACAACUAUACGUCAGUUGUAGCUAAACCAGUACCCCGCUCCUUCCUGGAAUCUCCGUUACAGUCUCUAAUAGCGUGUAGAGCUCCAUAUUUCACGGGUAUCUCCACUGCCAAUGGAAUCAAUGGUCUGCAUGCCAUCAAUGGUGUAGCUGGGAUUUCUUCCGGGUCAGGGAUCACUUUUCCUCUACCGGCGACCUUUCCCUGGGCUACAGCUCGCGGAAAGCCCCGUCGAGGGAUGAUGAGACGGGCGGUGUUCUCGGAUGCUCAGCGUCAAGGGCUGGAGAAACGGUUCCAGAUACAGAAAUAUAUUAGCAAGCCUGACAGGAAGAAAUUAGCCGAAAAGUUGGGACUAAAAGAUUCUCAGGUGAAAAUAUGGUUCCAGAACCGAAGAAUGAAGUGGAGAAACUCUAAGGAGCGUGAACUGUUAUCCGCGGGUGGAUCACGUGAGCAAACAUUGCCUACAAAAACCAACCCAAAUCCAGACCUGAGUGACGUGAGGAUUGAACAGAAAAACUCUUCCUUCGACGAUGAUGUCAUAGCUAAGAAUGGUGACGUUCCUCCUCCUAGUGGGCAGAUGAGUGGUUCAGCAGGUCCAGACGAGAGUAACGAAUCUGACAUGGCGUCGGCGGUGGGAAGUCCCCGAGAUUCUGAAGAGGACCACGUAAACGUGUUGUAAUGAGGGUUAACAGAAAAAAACAACAACAGUGUAUUUGGUCAUCAAUAUUUAAAAAGCUGGUGACUUAUUCAAUGACAACUCGCGAAGUCAAAAACAAACCGAAACAUGCGGAAGAAACUUUAAAGAUAAAACAUGAAAAUAUGAUGAAGAAGAAAUCUGUAUUACUUAAGCCUCUCUGGUACAAUUUAAGUCUCAGCACAUCAAAUUCUACAAAGAACACGCCGUUUUUUUAAGAGUACUCGCCAAAAAUGGGAGAAAUAAGAGAUCAAAAUGAAAUCUAAAAAGAUAUUAGUGAAUAAAAAGUGACAUUACCUAUAGGUGGCACUAUUA